UGUCAAUGUGGCAAUGGAUGGAAUGCCUCAGUUGGAAAUGGACGUGGAAUGGGUGGAUGCAUAGACCAGAAUGAGUGUCUCUCACCUAAUGUGUGUUAUAGAAACAGAACCUGCACCAAUUUCAUAGGAUCGUACAGCUGUGCCUGCUCUCCCAGAGAUACCCACUGUUCACAGCUAUCACUGAUGGAAAGUGACCUGUAUCCAUUUGGAGAUGAAGCAGGUGAUGCCAAGUUGACAAUAACAACGGCAGAUGGAAUUUCUCCAUACAUCUUUCUUCCUACAGGCUUCCUAUUCAUGGGCAAACAAUAUGAACGGCUAUUAUUUUCAGAUAAUGGCCUGGUGCAGUUUCAGUCAGUCAAUGAGAAUGAGAAACUGUUGCUCCCUGCUCCAAUCCCAAAGGGGUUUCAUGGUAAUGAAAGCCUGCCUUUGUUGGCAGUGUUCUGGGAUGAUGCAGACCUUACACUUGGUGACGGAAAACUGCUGUACCAGGAAUACAGUUUCCUCAAUAUACCUGAUAUCUAUGCUGUGACAGUGUUUCACAGAACAGCACAAGACGUUAGCAGAUUUGAGUCUCAAAGGGGUAAACCCCCGUUUACUCCCAUCUGGAUACUAAAAAUCACAUGGGAUCAUGUUUUACCUGUAUCCUAUCAAAAGAUCAACUUGUCUGAGACCAACACUUUCCAGUGCAUUUUGACCACAGAUGGAUUACGUUCAUUUGCUCUGCUUCGCUACAGUGACAUGAACUGGGGUCCAGGACAAAGGACCCAUCAUGAUGCUCUUAUAGGCUACACAGAUGGCAAAAACAACUUCCAUAAUGAGAUUCCAAAUCCGCCAAACAACUUGUUUGACUCGGGAGGGCGAUAUCGUCCUCAAACUGUGACAGGUAACACAGGCGAACUGGGGAAGCUGGUGUAUGACUUGACAGGAUCUGAUAAAACCAGCUCAGAUCCACAGAGGCAAUGCCAGUUAUGGGCCUUCAGUGAGCCAGAUCCCAAAGAAUGGGCAUUAGGAUUGGCACCAUGUCCCUGUACCCGUGUACAGGCACAGGAGGAUCUGACCUUUGGGCCUGAGACUCUACCAUCAGAACAGACUGCACAAGUGAGGGACCUGAGAAAUAUGAGAUGGGGUGGCAAAAAGGGCCGCGUCAUUCAGUCUAUCCUCUUUAACAAACAAAGAGCAGGAAAGAGAUGCGUGUAUGAUCCAGAGGGGGCCCUGCUGGCUGGAUACAGUGAAAGGUUCUUUACCGAAGACAAGACACAACAGCAUAUAGACAAUGAUCUACUACCCUUUCAAUGGUGCUGUGUUCAAUCACCUCUUUGUAAUGUCUACUUGGCAAAGAGACCACUAGACCGGUGCCAAGGGUAUAGCUGGAACAGCUCUGACAGCACUAUACCUGGGAACAGGGGAGCACCAGGAAUUGGCAUGGUGUAUGGUAGUCUUCAUUUUAUCACCUUUGAUGGAAGUGAGUAUACCUUUAAAGCCGUGGGGGAGUAUGUUAUACUUCGUCUCUCCUCCAGCACGGGAUCAAACAUCUUCACUCUUCAGGGACAAACAGUUGCUCUAGUGGUCAACGGGCUGGCCAAACAGGUACCUGCUCUGGUACGAUUAGCUGCCUUCCACCAGGGUGCUGGAAAGGUUGAGUGGCGAUGUGCUGAAUCUGGGGAUGGGCUUGCGGUCUUGGUCAAUGAUGAGGACAUUCCUGUGUCUGUUGGAGUGGUGCAUUUAGAGGAAGAGGCCUUUGCAGUGCGCUGUACCUCCGUGAGUCGCUGUGGAGUUGUGUAUGGUGAAGGCCUGAAUGUGGUCGUUUGGAGAGGUGAUAAUGGGAGGUUGUCCGCUCUGGUGGAGGUUCCUCAGAGGUUCUACAAUCGUACACUGGGUUUGCUGGGACAAUGGAGCUCAAACAGGACAGAUGACUUCCUGCUUUCUAAUGGCCGUCUGGUGCCUGUUUUAAAUAACAACACCCCUUCUGAGCAGAUUCUGCUUUCCUUUGGACAGUCAUGGGCUGUUCCUGCUCCAGAGAGCCUUCUGUUCUCAGAGCCUCCUACUACUCCAUUCAGUCCGAUCAUGACAGAGCAACUGAUGUCCUCUGUGAGCCCAGAUGUGCUGGCCAAACACAGCCAGGCUUGCCAGGGCAACAUGCAGUGUGUGCAUGACAUUCUGGCCACAGGAAAUACAAACCUAGGCAAAGAUGUUCUGAGAGACCAGCAGCAGCUUCAAAACCUAACACAAAUAUAUGGGAACAUGCCGCCCAUUGUGACCGAGCCAACGGUUAUCAUGUGCAAGGUCAAUAGUACAGUUAAAGUUCAGUUCAAGGCCCAGGAUCCAAACCGGGACCAAAUCUUUUUUUCCCUGACCUUACCACGCUCUCCACAAGUCACCAUCGGCAGUAGUGAUGGUGUCCUGGUGUGGACCCCUUCAAGUAUUCAGCCAGUGAAUCUGACUAUUCAAGUGAGCGAUCAAACAUCUAGCUCAUUGAUCACACCUGUUCUGCGGCUCUGUAACUGUAUGAAUGGAGGGAGCUGUCAGUAUAACAGUGUGGCCGAAAAUCUUUUAUUGGGAAAGUUUCAGAUCGUGGGAUGUCUUUGUCCAGCGGGCUUCAGUGGCAAGUACUGUGAGAACAGAACUGAUGUGUGUAAAGGAAAACCCUGUUUUCCUGGUGUGGAAUGUAUAAGACAAAAAGAAGCAGACCUUUUCACGUGUGGACAGUGCCCUUCUCCUACUGUGUCCCAGGGCAAACAUGGAUAUAAAUGCUUUGAAAAUGACUUCUGCCUCCCUCCAUUCCCCUUCCCCUGUCAUGAGAUGGCAGAAUGCACAAGCACUGGCUACAACUACACAUGUAAAUGUCAACAUGGCUACACUGGAAAUGGACAUGAGUGCAAAGAUAUUAAUGAGUGUCUGAACCCCUCUGCCUGUCCCAAUGCCAAGUUUGAAUGUGUGAACUUGCCAGGAUCAGUGCGGUGCUCAUGCCGUUAUCAGAAAACCAGAGAUACUGAUGGCUGUGGUGAAUCUGCUAAUCCAACAGGCUGGAAUGUUUUUAAUGUGUCUGUGGAUUGGGGAAGUCAGGAGUCUGGACAGGGACUGAGUCGGAUGGAGCAGAUCCUGUCACUUGGUUUUCAGAAUAAGUUUUACAAUGCCAGUGCUAAAACUUCUUCAGCUUCAGGGGGCAGCCAGAGUGAGUACAGGAUCAAUGUAUCCAGCGACACGCCACACUGGUAUGUCAUGGACUACCUGACCCGAGUUAGUCAGUACUACGGCAUCCAUUCAGCCUCUGUUGAGGACCUUGAUGAAUGUGAGACAGAUGAGGGUCCAUGUUCCAAAACAGCCCAGUGUGUCAACACUUAUGGUGGUUACAGGUGUUUGUGCAAUGGCACCGAUUUAAAGGAGGAAUCACAGUAUUGCUUUCCAGAAUGGAAAAGUAUCAACCGCACAGACAUAUCUGAUGUGGAGGAUAAGAAGUCAUUCAUUUUGGGGCUGGUCCUGGGCAUCGGCAUCCCUCUUCUACUUCUGCUGCUGUUGGCAGCCCUUGCCUGCUUCUGCUGCUCAAGAAAGAAAACCAUCACUGGGGAUAUUCCUCACCUGCUGCCCGAGUACAUUCAGGAGCACUUCAAACCUCCUUUCAACUUUGACGACCCCUCUCUGCACUAUACCCCUCAUUGCAGCCCACGUAUCCUUGAUAACUUCACGCCUCGACACAAGCAUCAGUAUUGAUAACACAGCGGACAUUUGUGUUUAAAGGAAACCCCAAAAUGAUAUUUAUAUUUGACAGAGACUGUUGACUUUUUAAGUCCUGUGUGAAAAUGAACGAGUCCAGGACGUAUGGCCUCAUUUUUAAUAUCUAGAUGCUAAAAUAAAUAUGGAUGCGAUGCAGUUUAAUGUAUGCUUUUAUCAGUAAUAAAUAUAAAGCACCAUAAACCCCAUUCAAACAUCAGAUACUUUGUUUUGAUCAUGAUAUUUGUACACCCACUUGUAAUUUUUUCUUAAAUGUAAAAACGUGAUUCUUGUGUUGAACUGAGUCAGUAAACAAUUUUUGUAAAGAAAAUAAAUGUAUUAAAUUAAUGUAAAAAUGUUUUUAGAUCAGUAGUGACGGUAUACAGUGAGUUGGUUAGCUGUGGUUUAUUGUUUUUGGAUACAUUUUUUUGGAUACAUCACAAAAACUUGCUGUCUUGGUCACAGAUGUGCCAGUGAGACAUGCACCAACAAUUUGCUCUCUUUUGAGCUCUAUUUUGUCACACAUAAUGUUGUGUGCAUUUCAAUAUUUUAAGCACAACUGUUCUAUUACUGUGCAAUCAAUGAAGAUUGGCGACUAGGCUGGUCAAAUUUAGCCAGGAAACCUCCAACACUCAAUUGGCCAGUAUUUCAGUAUUAUUGUCCAACCUCUGUAUGUAUAUACAAUUGAAGUCAGAACUAUUA